AAUUGAGACUUUUAUCAUUCGUCCAAAAUAAAGCUGAAUACUCGAUUUCAAUCCGGGAAGUCAUCAGCUACUCAUAACACUAAUAUGUGAGAAUUGGCCAUGAUUUUGCAUUCAACGUAUGCGCAGCUAAACAGCACUCAAAGUCAACACAUCAAGACGCCACUCUCCGCAGGUAGCGGUCGGACCAACAUAAAACGCCUCCAAUUGCGUGCGAUACUGUGCAACACGCCAAAGUCGAAGUAUUUGUAUUCUUGAGUUGGAACCGAACUCGAGUGAAUUGCGCCACCAACUAAAGCGUGUCAACCGGUUAACUGCUUUAUCUCAAUCUACGUCACAUGCUUUAUGCUCCUUUUUGCUCGUGGCAAUCUAAGCCCCAAUUUAUCCAGAAAGAAAGAAUGAACAUCAUUAAUGUUGCUAACGAAUAUCGUUAUCCGAUACAUUGCAAACUUCCACCCCGCGGGUACCCGUAUCCAAUGGCGUGGCGUGAAUGAUCGAGUAUCAAUGUUUUCCUAUCCGAAGCUAUAGUGAAAAAUCUACUAUGAAGGUGUUCGUCGCGAACCAUUCAAUUACAGUCAUUGCUCCUCCUCAUCCAGUAUUGAAGAUAAUUUAAAGAAACACAUGCGAACGCAUACUGAUAAUGAGAAGCUAUUUAGUUGCAAUCAUUGCUCCAUCUCUUUCAGUAGUAAAGGCGGAUUAAAGAUGCACAUCCGGACGCACACUGGUGAGAAGCCAUUCAGUUGCAGUCAUUGCACGGCAUGCUUUUCUCACAAAAAGUCUUUAACGGCACAUGUUCGCACGCAUACUGGUGAGAAACCAUUCAGUUGCAAUCCUUGCUCCUCUUCGUUCAGUAGAAAAGACUAUUUAAAGAUGCACAUGCGAACGCACACUGGUGAGAAACCAUUCCGUUGCAAUCAUUGCUCCUCUUCUUUCAGUGGUAAAGACUGUUUAAAGAUGCACUUGCGAACGCACACUGGUGAGAAACCAUUCAUUUACAAUCAUUGCUCCUCCUCUUUCACAUUGCUUACAAGUCUUGAAAUUUAUUCUGUUCAGGAUUUUGAAUGGAGAAUGCCGAAGCUAAAAAUCCAACUGGAAGAGCACUCUGCACUCAGCACACCCGAGGACUACAAUCCAGUGAUUCCACCGAACGAUAAAAGUGCGAAGGACCCCCUGGGAGACGUCUCGAGGAUUGAUUGCACGUGCCCUUCAAUGCAGGCCCCACCUGACGCGUGCACCAGCCCGGAGUCGAGCGUUAUGCCUGGCAACCCAUCUUCCCCGUCCGGAGGAAGUCACCCUCAAGAUUCCAACAAUACCCGACUUGCAUCAGUAGAAGAGACCCAAGACACCUCGCCCUCGUCCAUCUUGGAUUCGCCCUCCGCUCUUCCCCCCAAAAUUGAAUGCGAGGAUGAAAAAGAUUAUGCAAGUUGGACCAACCAGCUGCACACGAGCAUUGAAAUUAAGAGUGAACCCACCCCCCAGACGGAUGAGUCAGAACUCAGGUUGGGACGAGGAGGAGGAGAACACGAUUUGGAGAAUGAUAUUCGUGAUUUUGUCCCGAUGACAGCGCGAGUGAAAAGAGAGGAUAUGAGCUCUCCACUUCCCGACCAUUCUCAUGAAAGUUGGAUUGACCUGUCAGAAACGAAUAUCGAAAUCAAGAGCGAACCCCCUACCCAAACAAACGCGUCGGAAUCCAAGUUAGUCGAACAUAUUCGAACGCACGCUAGUGAGAACCCAUUCGCUUGCGGCGAGUGUUCGAGCCUUUUUUCUUCUGAAAGCGCUUUAACAACACACAUGCAAACGCACGAUGGCGAGAUACCAUUCAAUUACAGUCAUUGCUCCUCCUCAUCCAGUAUUGAAGAUAAUUUAAAGAAACACAUGCGAACGCAUACUGGUAAUGAGAAGCUACUUAGUUGCAAUCAUUGCUCCUCCUCUUUCAGUAGUAAAGACGAUUUAAAGAUGCACAUGCGAACGCACACUGGCACUUUAAAGGUGCACAUGCGAACGCAUACUGGUGAGAAACCAUUCAGUUGCAGUCAUUGCUCCGCUUCUUUUAGUAGGAAAGGCACUUUAAAGAAACCAUUCAGUUGCAGUUAUUGCUCCUCUUCUUUCAGUAAAAAAGGCAAUUUAAAGUCGCACAUGCGAACGCACACUGGUGAAAAACCAUUCAGUCGCAGUAAUUGUAUGGCAUGCUUUUCUCACAAAAAGUCUUUAACGGCACAUGUUCGCACGCAUACUGGUGAGAAACCAUUCAGUUGCAGCCAUUGCUCCUCUUCUUUCAGUAGGAAAGACACUUUAAAGAUGCACAUUUGAACGCACACUGGCGAGAAACCAUUCAGUUGCAGUCAUUGUUCGGCUUACUUCUCUAAAAAAAUCACUUUCAAGAGACAUUUGCGAAUGCAUUCUGGCGAAAAACCCUAGAGUUUUAGUCACUGCUCAUCUCCUUUUCGGCUACAAAGGCAUUUAACGGAGCAUACUGCGAUCAGAGACAAGAGACC